AUGGAGCUACGAAUCAUUUUGAAUCAAGAAACCAAAGGAAUCGUCUUCUCUGGACAACAACUGACUGGCGUGGUCGAAGUCGAAUGCCCUCGAGACACGCUGCUUCAGAAGGUCGUCAUCGAACUUCUGGGGAAGCAACGAACUCAGCUUCACAAGAUCAGGUACGUUUUAUAAAAAUAAAUGUUGUGAGGUUAACAAUCUUCUGUAUAUACAACCGUUACUACACCAACCCAUCUUUUUAUGUCAAAUUACCACAAAAAUUUAAAAUCAUACCUUGUAUUAUCUACUAUAAUAUAAAAAAUCCUACUUUUUCAGUAAAUCAAACAGAAGGCUAACUUUAGAAGAAGAAAGUGAACUAGUUAACGAUGUGCAAUGCCUUUGGAUGGGCCACACUUUCAGUCAAGGCCGUACCAUAAUCCCUUUUAAAUUCACUGUCCCUCACUACCUCCCUCCGUCGUUUGAAGGUAAAGUUCAAACUAACCGAAAAUAUUUCUUACACAUGUACACAACAUACUUGGCUUUAUCUUCCAUCUCAUAAUACUCUAACUUAACGUAGUCUAGUACAGAUAAAAGACUUAAACAAUACAUUACACUAGAUAUUUAGGUGAAUAUGGCUUUACACGCUACCUCCUCCAACUCAAAGUAGUCCGUCCCCAACCUUUUGUAGACCAGUUUGUAGUAAGACCACUGUCUAUCACCUCCAUGUAUGACCUCAAAUCUCUCCCAUAUACCUCAUACCGAACCCAACGUACCAUCAACCAGAAGAUCGACCAUCUUUUGAACAAAGGUCGACUCAAAGUAAUGAUAAAGUUAAGGAAAAGCGGCUUUGUUUGUGGAGAAAAAAUAGAAAUCUAUGCAGACAUUGACAACUCAUCCCCACUGACAGUACUCGGCAUCAAAACAACUCUACGACAACAUGUCAGCCACUUUUACUACGACGAAUACGACGAUUACAACAGGAGAAGAAUGUCAGAAAGUACUCAAGACGUCAUUGUCUGUGAUCAACACUAUCUUGUGGAGAAAGACAGUGAAAGUAUUUACAGAGGCAAGAGCUCACAAAUACCACCAGUGGCCCCAAGUCACCGUAGUAAAUUGAUAUACGUUGACUACGAUAUUAAAGUAAGUAAAACUGCUAAAUUAAAGGAAAAUUAGUUUGAAAUAUAUCUAGAAAACAACGUGUCAGCGACUGCCUUCAUCCCUAUCAUAAUUGGGAACCUACCGUGCCAUCGUUCCAUCGACUCUCCGACUGUAGCGUUCCAUCGUAUCGACCGGUUGACCCCGCCUGAUCCUUCUACUCCAACUUCUUUGCUCAGUAAGACAUCAUUAUUAUUUGUUUGUCGACCUAAAACUAAUCUUAAUUAUAUUGUUUUAGACGAAAACGUAAUUCACUUGGAACAGAAGGCUGGAAAGCGAUCUAACAUUAAGGAUGCCUUGUAUAACAUAAAACGACAGUUUUUAUCGCCGCUGACAUUAUACUACGACAAUAUGUGA